AUGGAACAAACAUUUCGUAUUAAUAUUGCUGAUAUUCUACCAAAAGAUAAGAAACCAAAACCAAAUCAGAAGACAAUUUUAUCGAUUAAGCGACGUGCAUUACCACUUGUGCCUGCAUAUUCUAUAACAACACAUAAAAGUCAAGGUCAAACUUUGAAUAAUGUUGUAAUUGAUUUAAAACUACCAAAUAGAACUGAUGAUAUUGCCGCAAUUUAUGUACCAUUAUCACGUGUGAAACGUUUGACUGAUUUAGUUAUUUUAAGACAUUUCGAUUACAAAACUUUAUUAAUGAAACCAAGCAAAUCUCAACUCAUUGAAAUAGAAAGACUAGAUAAACUAUAUAUAGAAACAUAA